GAGUCGGCUGCGGCAGCUGCUCCAGCUGCUGCUGCUUCUGUUCCCGGAUCCUGGGCCACAGUUUUUACCAUGGCGGAUCCAGGGGUCUGCUGCUUCCUCACCAAGCUCUUGUGCGAGAACAAGUCGGGAUCCUCGGAUGUCCAGCGUUUGAGCCAGAAGAUCGGCUGGUCGGAGGCGCAGCUGAGCCAGAUCCUGCAGGAGGCUGGGCCCGAGCGCUUCCUGCUGGUGGAGGACGAGGACCCCUCCGUGGCCGUGGCCGUGGCCGUGAGUCCCUUGCGCCUCUGCGGCUACUACCUGAGGGACGAGUGUGACGGCUGUGAGAGGCUACACCUUUGUAAACUGUUCGUGCAGGAUAGGUGCAGGUAUAAAAAGCAGGGGUACAAAUGCAGAUUUUCCCAUGAUAUUCAUUUGCCUGGGAAUAGCAAAAUCCUGAAAAAUAAUGCUCUUUUUGGUAUCAAUGAAUCAGAGCUCAAAGUCCUGCUUUUUCAGAAUGAUCCUUCCCUUUUGCCUGAGGUCUGUCCCUUCUAUAACAGAGGUGAAGGGCCUCAUGGAUCCUGCAACCUCCAGGAUAAUUGCACGAAGCUCCAUGUUUGUAAGCAUUUCAUUUGGGGAGAAUGUCGGUUUCAGAAGUGCAAGCGAUCUCAUGAUCUACAUACUGAAAAUGCAAUGAAAUUACUGCGGGAUCAAGGAUUGAAUGCCUCCACCAUCUUGAACAUCCAGAGAAUCUGCAAGUUUAAGCAUGGAGAGAUCUGCAAGUCCUUUGACAAGAAGAAAGAUAAACGAUCUGAAUCUGCUUCUACAAGCAAUGAGAAGACAAAAAGCAGUGAGAUUUGCCUCUACUACAUCUGGAAAUUCUGCAAACAAAAAAAUAACUGUAGAAAUGUUCAUUACAAGUUGCCCUACCGAUGGCAAAAGUUGGAUGGCACUGUCUGGAAUGAUCUUCCCAUGAUGGAAGGGAUUGAAAAAAUUUAUUGUGAUCCAAAGAACUCCAGAUAUGUUUCCCCAGCCCCAUCUCCCUCAUCUCCCUCGUAUAUCAGUCUCCUGUUCAACUUGGCUCUUGGUCUUCCGCCUCUUUUCCCAAAUGUUGGAGCCCAAAUGGGAGACCUGGAUAUCAAUUUUGAGACUAUGACCUGUGGUUUGAAUCAAGUACGUCGCUUAUCCACCCCCUCCUCAGUCACCAAACCUUCCGGUAUUCUUCUAACCACAACAUGGCUUUGGUAUUGGCUGAAUGACAAUGGUCAGUGGAUUGAAUAUGGAACCCAGGGUGAAAAUCAUCCUCCUUCUUCAAUAACAUCCACAGAUAUAGAAACAAUAUACCUUGCUGAUUCACAUUCCACUGUUGACUUUCAGGCUGGACAUCAGUUUUAUGAAAUCAACUUUAAAGAAAUGGUUCAGAAAAAUUUGAUAUGCCAAACCAAAAGAAAAAUAUGUAGGAGGCCAAAAUUUGUAUCUGCUGAAGACGUGGACAAACUAAGGAAACGCAAUCAGGCAGAGGGGAGCCGGCAGGGUGCUUUCACUUUUGCAGUCCCUCCCUCCUGGGACAAAUCAGCUGUGCCAGAUGUUGGCUAUAAGCUUGUGAUGCUCAAUGAAACCUCUAAAGAAUUCAAUGAUGUCAAGAGCCAAUUUGAAAAGACAAUGACAGGUUUCGUCAUUCAACGUAUCCAAAGGAUUCAGAAUUUGGCCCUUUGGCAAGUCUUCCAGUGGCAGAAGGAGCAGAUGAAAAAGGUGAAUGGAGGGAAGGAUGUGGAUGAAAGACAUCUAUUUCAUGGAACAAAAUACAUCCACUUGAAUGACAUCUGCAGUCAUAAUUUUGAUUGGAGGAUCUGUGGGACCCAUGCAACAGUUUAUGGCAAAGGAAGUUACUUUGCAAGAGAUGCAAGUUAUUCGCAUAAUUACUCUGAGUCAGAGACCAAUGUCAAAAUAAUGUUCCUGGCUCGGGUUCUGGUUGGAGUUUUCACUCAAGGAGAUUCAAAAUAUGUCCGGCCACCAAUGCGACAGGGUACCCAGAAUACCUUCUAUGACAGCUGUGUCAAUAACAGAUUGGAUCCCACCAUAUUUGUGAUUUUUGAGAAGCAUCAGAUUUACCCAGAGUAUGUCAUAGAGUAUGCUGAGAAGAGUAAACAGUGCACCAUUAGUUAAGGCAAAAGAAUUCACUGUUUCCUCAAUUGAAUCCCUCCCCCCUUUUUGUGAAUAAUAGCAAAGUAGCUUUUCUACUGUCCUGUUUUUAAGGAAAGCAGUAAGUGAUCAUGUGGGAGAGCAUUUACUCAAAGGUGACUUGUAAAUGCCUUUUGUAGCAGAUGUGUUUAUGAAAGAUCAUAUGAAACAUAAUAUCCGGAAGUAGAAUCCUGUUUUAAAUGCACCCAAGGAACUCACUAUUUAAAGGUAUGCGGCAUUGAAUCAUGAUGAAAAAAAAAAAAGUCCAACAACAAACCUUUGAAGUACAAAAAGUCACUACCUAAUUUGUCUCUUUCCAAUGGUUGGGUUUUCACAUGUGAAGUUUUCAUAAAAGUCUUUUUUAAAAAACUUUUUAUUAGCUAGUGCACUGUGGUAGGAAGUCUCUUUUAGUUAUUUUCUAAUUGGAUGGGAAGGCUACAUCACCUGAUGGAUCAGCCAGUUAACAAACAUUUAUUAAGUACCUACUAUGUACCAAAAGAAUGCACGAUAUAUUAGGGAUACAAAGAAAAAGAGUCCUUCUUCUCAAUUUCACUGUCUAAUGAGGGAAACAACCUAUAAACAACUGUACAAUCAGCUAUAUGGGGAUAAAAUGGAAUAUCUAGGGGAGGAAAGAUAUAAAAAUGAAAGGGAAUCAGAAAGGGCUAAGUAGAGAAGGAAGGUUUUUAGCUGGGCCUUGAAGGAAGCCAGGAGACAGAUGAGGAGGAAGAGCAUUCUAGGUAUGAAGGAUAGCUAGAGAAAAAUCCUGGAGCUGAGAGGUAGAGUGUCUUGGAAUAGCAAGAAGGCUAGUGUCAUUGGACUGAAGAGUACAUGAGGGGCAGGGUGUAAGGUGGAAGAAGAGUGGAAAGGUGGACAAAGCUAGGUUAUGAGGGAUUUUGACAAGUAGAGGAUUUUGUAUUUGAUCUUGUCACUCCAGUAGGGCUACAUGGUUGGAUUGGUUUUUAGGAAAAUCACUUUGACAACUGAAUGGAGACUGGAGUGGAGUGGAAAGUCUUGUGGCAGACAGAUUGACCAGCAGGCUAUUGCAAUAGUCCCAAUUUAAGGGGAUGAGAGCCUAUACCAAAGUGAUGGUGGUGUCAGAGGAGAAAAAGGGGUCUAAUCAAGAGAUGUUACAGGCCUUGGCAACAGAUUCAAGGUGUGGGGGGGUGAGAGAGUGAGGAGUCAAGGAUGACACCUAGGUUGUAUGACUAGGUGACAAGGAGGGUGAUGAAGACCCUUGAUAAUGAGGGAAAUUUGAGACAGGGGAAGAUUUUUUGGGAAAAGAGAAUGAGUUUUGUUAUGGACAUGUUGAAUUUAAGAUAUUGAUAGGACAGUUUGAGAUGUCUAAGAGUCAAUUAGAGAUUCAAGACUGGAGGUCAGCAAAGGUUAGGGUUGGAUAAGCAGACUUGAGGGUCAUCAGCGUAGAGAUGAGAGAGCAAAGAAGGUAGCCUAAAACAGCCCAGUGGGACAUCUAGGAUUAACAGAAUUAGCUGGAUGAAGAUCCAACAAAGGAGACCAAGAAGAAGUCAGAUAGGUAGGAGGAGAGAAUAGUAUCACCCCACCCUCAAAUAACUAGAGAGAAGAAAGUAUCAGGGAGAAGAAGGUGAUCAAGAAUGUCAAAAGCUGCAGAGAGGUCAAGAAGAAUCAGGACUGAGAAAAAGCCCUCAGCUUUGGCAAUUAAGAGAUCGUUAGUAAAUUUGGAGAGAUCAGUUCGGUUGAAUCAGGAGCCAGACUGUAGUGAGUUAAGAAGAGAAUGAGAGGAAGAGAAGUGGAGGCAUCUGUUUUAGAUCACCUUCCAUGAGUUUAGCAACAAAAGACAAGAGAGACCUGGGAUAAGAGUUAGUGGGGCUGGAUGGAUGAAAUGAGGGUAUUUUUGAGAAGGGAUUCAUAGGUAGUAGGGAAGCAGCCAGUAGCCAGGGAGAGAUUAAAAGACAAAUGAGAGUGGGAAUGCAGGUGGGGGGGGUGGUGGGGAAUAAUCUGUUGGGGAAGAUAAAUUGGCAUAGAAUCACUUGUGCACAUAGAGAGAUUUGUCUUGACAAGAAGGGCUCCCUCUUCAUGUGAGAUAGGGCUGAAGGAGGAAGUGAUGGCAGAAGGUCACUGGGUGAUGUGAAAUGAAGAGGGGAGAAAGGGAAGAAGAGGAAGUUUUGACAAAUGGUCUUGGUUUUUUUCAAUGAAGAAGUCUUUUCUCCUUACUUCUCUACCCAACUCAUUGAACUUGCAUUGCAUCUUGCUUAUGUAUUUGCUCCUUGCCCAAACUUGGGAUUAAAGUGGGAACUUUGGGGAAAAGCUAGAAUUAAGAUGCUGGGAGCUGCAAUGUUAGAAUUUGGUACCUGUUUACCACAAUAAUUUGCAUAUUAUUUAUAAUAGGAUAGAAAUUUAUUCUUUCAGCUACCUUUACAUUAGAGUGUUUAGUUGAAUGCAUCAUGACUACUACAAAAUGGAUGUGGGCUAUGAUAUUUGAAAUUUUCUUUUUAAGUUGUGCUCUAGAAAAAUCAGUUGCUCAUUUGUUGAGAUAUAUGAUAUUUGGCAGGAUCCUAUCUAAACAUACAAUUAUAUUUAGGAAUAUAUUAUACAUUGGAGAGGGAAAAACUAGGAAAACACUUCCUAAGAUUCAUUUCACCCAACACACUUUUUAGAUUUUUCUAUGGACAUUAGCCAUAGUCUGACCUUUAGGCAAUGAAAGCUUAAUUUAACAACAUUCCUUAUUUUUAAGGAUGCUUUUAUUGAUAUAAUACCGAAAGGUAGCAACUAUCUCAUUUGUGUGGUUACUCCUUCUGCUAGUAUAGCUUUCACCACACCUAUACUUUUUUUAUGCCAUGUUUUCCAAAUAUCCUCUAUAGUGAAUUUCUCAGUGUGCUAAAAGGCCUGUUUCUGGUUUGUUCACCUGGCUGGAAUCCCUAACUUUAACCAUAUAAUACUUGCUUGCUUACUCCAUCCAUACAAAAUUUUUAUUCUAGGAUGAUAUAACCCAUCAUCACUUAAUGCAUGAAGGUCAUUUUGCUCCAUAUGGUAUAGUCUUUGCCCAUAAUAUGUCUUUCCAUUGCCCUUAUUCUUCAGAAAUGGUAGUGUCUCAAAUUUGUAACUAUAUUGCAUCAAAAGGAGAAAACAGAUAUUAAAAAGAUGGACUUUUGUGUUUGCAAGCAGCUUAAGAUUGUUGAAAGCACUAGAUUAUUAGGCCCAUCCUUUUGGAAUAGCCAUGAAUCUCUUUAAGGAGGAGGUCAUGUUUUGGGGUUUGAUGCAUUUCCCACAGUCUUAGAAACAUAAUUCAUCACAGGAACAUCUGGAGGAUCUCACUGAUAGAAUUCAUUUGGACUUUGUAGGGUAUCUUCUUUGAGAGUACUGAAAAUUUCUUCAAGCAUAUGCUUCCAUGUUUGAUGCCUUAUUUGAUAUUAAUAAUCUGAAGGUCAAUAAUAAGCAGUUAGCAUUGUAGUUACAUUAAUCAAAGAAUUUUUUAUGAUCCUUACAAAUAUUUUAAGAGAUUCAUAGUAUCCUAGAAUCAUAGACUGAGUUCUGGAAGGGACCUUAGAAGCCAUCUAAUCCAAAUUCCUCAUUUUAUAGAUAAGGAAACUGAGGCCUAGAGUAGUUAAAUGACUUCUCCAGGGUCUCACAGGUGAUAAAUUUCAGAGUUAGGAUUCAAACCCCUGUCUUCUAUCUCUAAAUCUGAUUCUGCUCUACUAUGCUGCCUACCACUUUUCCUUGUAGGAGGAAAUCCAGUAAGAAAGUUUUUGUGAUUAAAUAGAUCUGAAACUUCUGAAUAUAUGCUUUUGGUCUCUUUUGUUUCUUUAAUGGACCGUUUAAAAAUGUUUUAUUGAUGCUUUUUUUGUUACAACAAUGUUACUUUUGUGUGAUAAACCCAUCCCCCAAUAUCACCCUCUUGGAACAAAUAAGUAUCAUUAAUUAAUGAAUCAACAAAUCGGCCAUCUGAAAAUAUAUGCCUUGUUCUAUAUCUGUAGUUAACCACCUCUCUGCCAAGAGAUAGCAUGCAGAGCUCUAUGAUUACUAUUGCCCUCAAAGUUAUUCUCCUACUUUUGCUUACUUCAAUUUGUACCUUUUAAUAUAUUUCCCAAUAUACUUUUUAUCAUUCCAUUUGCAUUGAAACCUUUGAGUUAUCAACGUAUAUAUUGAGUUUGUUAGGAAGCUCUUUUCAAGGUCUAUCCUCUGCAAAAGAUAUUAUAUAAGUUGCAUAUUUGCAACAGUUAUCUUUAUGGUGGUCUUUUGGCUAUUGCUACUCUUCAGCACUGAAAGGCAGGUGUUCCAUAUAAUGAUAUCUCCUGUUACUUUGGUCAAAGUGGUGAAGCCAACUUGAUCACCUUCUUUGUUUGCCUGUGAAACAUUGUUCCAUUUGUCUUCAAUGUUCAUAUUUUUUGGAUUUAUAGAGGAUCAAUAUUGAUGUAGUCCCAAUUCUUGCUAUCAUUGGGCAAAAAAUUUACAUUUAGAAUAUCAAUAAUCAAAUUAAUCUUUACAAAGUCUAAAAACUGUGAUUCCUAACCACUUUCUGCCACUGUAUUGGGGCAGGAGAAGAGGAGGGGCUAUGUAGAACCAAGUGCCUUUUAAAAUUUUCCUUUGUUUCACGGGGACAUAAUUUCAUGGCCAAAGAAUGUCAUCACCUAGUUGCCAACCUGUUGGUGAUGAGCCUCUCUGAGCUUAGCAGAGUUGUUGGUCACUGGACAAAAGACUAAGUUCAUGACCAUAUUUGAAGCUGCUCUAAUUUUCUCCUCCAGUAGAGUCUUUGUAAAUCCAUAGUCUCUUUCACACUAGAAUAAGGUCUUUCAGUAGGACUUUGUGGUGUGUUGUUGGUGGUUGUCAAUCUUAAUCAUAGGCAUGUCUGUAACAAUGAAUUGUAUGUUUGUUUUGCCUAAUCUGCAUGUGGCUAAUUGUUUUGAAGUAAGUGAUUCUGCCUUGAUUGGCAUGCUUACCACAUGAAUGUUUGUUUUUUGAAUUUGGCAUUCCAGUAUAAAAUACAUAAAUUACAGUUCUUUAUUUCUAAGAAAUAGUCCUAAUCAAAGUUGAAGACUAUUAAAUUGAACUAUUAGCCAUGGGAAAGAAGACUAAACAGAGAUAGAAUACUUUGUUCUCCAUAGACAUCAUCCUGAUUCUUACUUUUAACAUUUUUCAUCUUUAUUUGAAUUUAAAUUAUGUCUUAAAAGAAUAGCCAUUUUGAAAAAAAAAAAGAUUUGUUUUACAACAUAAUACAUCAGUAAUUAACAUGAAUGGUACAAGUGAAUGAAUUAAAAAGAACUCGUUAAAUACUUACAAUUGUUUAAGCUCUGAGAAUACAAGUAGAAAAGUGAGACAAUUCCUGCUCUCAAGAUGCUUACAUUCUAGUUAGAGAAGAUACCAUACAGAAUGUUUCAGGAACAAGUCAGAUGGAAGGGCCCAAUGGUCCUUAGGUCUCAGUUGCAAAACAGAUGAUAAUCUAUCACCUUUGGGGUCAUUUCCAUGGAUAAAAACCACAUUUACAUUUGUUGCUAAUUUGACAGGUUUGCCAUAAUCUAAAGGGAUUUUUUAGUCAUAUCUUUUUUUUUUUUUGGCACUAGUUCAGAUUUUUCAAAUCAAAGGUUUCCUCUCUGCUCUCUUGUACUUAGCAAAGUUUCCUUUUAUGUUUGUUGUUAGGAGAUGGCGGAUGAUAACUCCUAAAGGCGAAUAGGUAGACAAAUAAACACCAAGAAUGUUGUAAAAAGUAAACACCAAAUAUGCUUAGAAAUCUGACUUCACUGGGAUAGAAGGAAAGGAAUACAUUAACCUUGUUUUGUUUUAAAUUUUUUGCCUUCAUAUACUAUGUAAACACAUGGAGUGCUUGUUUGAGGUCCCUCAAAGUCUUAUUUUUAUGGCUUUAAAUUUUGUAAUGUGCUUUUUCUUUGUUCCCUUUUGUUGAUCAAUAGGAAAGGAAAAGCUGUUAUGCAAUGUACACGCCCAAAUAGUUGCUGUGCAUUGGAAUCAUCAGAAUAGCCCAGUUACCUGGAAAUGAGGCUUUGUUUGGUGGUGGCUUGGCACUGGGGCGUAGCUACAGCCUCAUUUCUAAACUUUUGGUCAUUUCCCAGAAGUCUGAAGGUCUAUGUUAAUGUGGCAUGUGCUAGCUCAGAAGCUAUAAUAAUUGACCUUUGUGUAGUAUGAAAAUUUACAGCCAGAAGAAAAGAAAAAAGACAAAUACUACAGAGUAAUACAAAUCAUGGGAUAAACCCAUAAUUUAGAUCCACUGCCUUUAUUUUAAAUUUGGCUAAUGAAGGGAGGCAGCCUGGUAGAGUGGGAAAAAAGUAGGGAUGGAGUCAAGACUGUCACUUGCCUCUGUGACCUUAGGCAAGUCAUUUAAUUUUUUGGCCUUGCCCCUAAAAUGAGAGAGUUGUGUUAGCCAGAUAACUGCUGAGGUCUCUUCCACUUAGAUGAUAUCAUGGAUACGCCACUGGACAAGUCAGGAAGAUCUGAAGUGGAAUCCUACCUCAGACACUUAGUAGCUGUAGGAUCCUAGGUCAGCCACUUCAACUCUCUCAGCCUCAGUUUCUCUAUCUGUAAAAUGGGGCUAUUAAUGAGGCACCUACCUCAUAGGGUUGUUGUGUGGAUCAAAUGAGACAACAUGCAUAAAGUGCUUUGCAAACCUUAAAGUGCUAUAUAAAUUUUACUUACUAAUUAAAUCAAUGAAAUAAACCAUGAAAUUUUAUAUUGGGUUGCAUAUGUGUAGAAAGUAACAUACCUAAAUUCUCAAACCAAUCAUAAGUAUUAUAAAAGUAAACUUGUGCUGAUAAUUUUUCUUGUCUUUUUUCCUUUAAAAUAUACAGUUUAUCAUGUGGGAUGGCACUCUGGGAGGGGGAGGGAAGAGGGGAGGUGGGAGGGAUACUGGGGAUAAAUAUGAUGAUGUAAAAAAUAAUAAUGGGAGACAUCAAUAAAAACAUUUUAAAAUUCAAUCUGUGCAACAUGUUACUUGAGAUGUGAAGCUGUAUAUUCAAGGCCUGUUUCUUCUUUAUUUUCUGUAAGUGCCUUGGUUCAAUAAACUUCAUACAUUUA